CACUGUACGGUGACUGAAGUCACACUGCAGCUGCUGACGUAAUCAUUGUGUAUAGUUUCCAUUUCAGUGGGGGCAUCUGGGUGUUCGGAAGGCCAGUGAGCCUUUCCGGGAACAAUCCUUCUUGAAAGGAGUUGCCUAGAGACCGAGUGAAGGGUAGCCAACAGGAUAGAAGCUUCUGGAGAAGACAAAUACCACAGGAGUUGAAAGGAUGUCUUCACGCGUCCUGCUCCGGCCCAGUGCUGGAUGCCCUUCUGCCUGCCCCAUCUCUGAGAAGGCCCCUGGAGCCAAAGAACCAGGCCCAUGACUGCCCUCUGGUGGACAGCAGUGGACAUGAAGGCUCACUGUGGUUGGUGCAAGUGCCAGGCACACUAUACAACCACUCUGCAUCAAUGAAGGACGAGGGUUGUAGAUGAUGCGAUUCCUGGAUCAGGAAGGGGAGGCCCAGAGGACCUCAGAGCAUGAAGCAAGUAGGCUCUCUGUGCCCCGGAGCGGUGGAGGUGUGAGGACUCUCCCAAGGCUACAGGGUAGGUGUGGAGGCUGAGCCCCACCCCAGGGCAAGUCCUGAAGCCACAUCAGCGCUGCAGUCACUCUUCCUCCUUCCUGGAGUGUCUGGCCCCAGCAAGUGUAGCAUGGAGCUGGCCCUUGCCGUCAUCCUAUAUACCCUCCUUCCUGGAGUCCUUCUGGGGAGCGAGGUCCUCACAACUGACUCUUACAGCCUGUCUACUCAGACGGGCAGAAGUUCCAUUGACCUGGACUCAGUGUGUGGACGUCCCAGGGCAUCAGGCCGCAUCGUGUCAGGACAGAAUGCCCAGCUGGGCCAGUGGCCUUGGCAGGGACCAGCAUCUGUCUGCCUACACAGUACUGCUGGGUACCAUCUCCUCCUACCCUGAGGACAAUGAGCCGAGGGAGCUGAGAGCUGUGGCCCAGUAUAUCAAGUACCCAAGCUAUUCAGCAGAGGAGCACAGUAGUGGAGACAUUGCCCUGUUGCAGCUGGCUUCACCCAUCUCCUUCAAUGACUACAUGCUUCCAGUCUGCCUCCCGAAACCUGGAGACCCCCUGGAUCCUGGCACCAUGUGUUGGGUCACUGGCUGGGGGAACAUUGCCACAAAUCAACCGCUCCCACCACCCUUCACCCUGCAGGAGUUGCAGGUGCCUCUUAUUGAUGCCAAGACCUGCAAUACCUACUACCAGGAGAACUCCGUUCCCAGCACGGAGCAGGUCAUUCUCGAAGAUAUGCUGUGUGCUGGUUUCGUGGAAGGCAAGAAGGAUGCUUGCAAUGGUGAUUCCGGAGGUCCCCUGGUCUGUGACGUUAACGAUGUCUGGAUCCAGGCAGGGGUGGUGAGUUGGGGAUCCGACUGUGCUCUGUCCAAUAGGCCGGGCGUUUACACCAAUGUCAGCGUCUACAUCUCAUGGAUUCAGAACACAAUGUGGAAUAUACCCACAGAAGGAAAAAAUUUCUCCCCAAGCCUUUCAAGCACCCCACUCUCGGGCCUGUUGCUCUUUCUCACGUCCCUCAGUAGCGCCUUCCUCCUCCUGGGGCCCUAACCUGCAGCCUCAUCACCUCAGCAUCUAUAUCCGGAACUUUUACCCUCCAUCUGCUUCCAGGCUAGCAUGGCUUCUCCUAGGGACCCCCUUCCUGUGUCCUUCUUGCACAGCUACCUGAAGACAAGCACCCCAUCCAUGCUCUGCCCUUUAGGGACCCCCUCCUCACCCCACAGAAGCCUCCUAACUCCCACAUCACUAAGACCCUUGGGACUGACAGCUAAGCUCUGGUCUCCUAGCCCCUGUGGACCCCAAGCUGCCUCUCACAUCCUGUUGGUUUCCAGGGGCAGAGGGCAAGAGUCUUCCUUGCCUCUCCCUCCCGGGUGGAGCACAGUCUGCAGCCACCUUUCAGGGUAUCCUUUGGUGGCUUCUGUGACUGGGCUGGUCUUUCUAUAGUGUACCUGUGUCUGAAACAAUAAAGACUGGAUCCAACAGCA